AUGGAUAAAUCUUGGAUGCACAAAAGUAGAUUGUCUAAAGAUUAUGAGUUGGGUGUGGAAAACUUCAUCAAAUUUGGAUUUUCUAAUACAACUAGCUCCUAUAAUAGUUGUCCUUGUUUGAAAUGUGGGAAUUGUGAAAAACAUAAUAGAAAAGGUGUUAGAGAUCACUUCUAUGUUAAUGAUCAGGAUGUUGGAAGUGUAAAAGAAAUGAUUGAAGUUGCUCAUGAGGAGUAUUCAAAAGACCCAACUGGAUUUGAGAAGUUGCUUAUUGAUGCUGAAAAACCAUUGUACGAAGGAUGCAAAAAGUACACAAAGUUGUCUACUCUAGUCAAAUUGUAUAAUUUAAAAGUUAGGUAUGGAUGGAGUGAUACUAGUUUUUCAGAAUUACUUGAAACUUUGAAGGAAAUUCUGCCUACUACCAAUGAGCUCCCGAAUUCAUUGUAUGAAGCAAAGAAAACAUUAGGUGCAUUAGGAAUGGAAUACGAAAAGAUUCAUGCAUGCCCGAAUAAUUGUUGUCUCUAUAGAAAAGAAUUUGCUAAUGCAAUUGAAUGUCCUGAAUGUGGUCAAUCAAGGUGGAAAAACGUCAAGGAUACAAAUGAAAGGAGAAAGCAAAUUCCCUCUAAAGUGAUAUGGUACUUUCCAAUCAUUCCACGAUUUAAAAGGCUAUUCAGAAGCAUUGAAUGUGCUGAAAACUUGACUUGGCAUUCUACUGAAAGAAUUAAUGAUGGUAAGUUAUGGAAUCCAGCAGACUCUCCAGCAUGGAAGUUAGUAGACAUGAAAUGGCCAGACUUCGGUUCUGAACUCAGAAAUCUUCGUUUAGCAUUGUCAGCCGAUGGAGUAAAUCCUCAUGGUGACAUGAGUUCUAAAUACAGUUGUUGGCCGGUAGUGAUUGUUAUUUACAAUCUUCCACCAUGGUUGUGUAUGAAAAGAAAGUACAUGAUGCUAUCAAUGCUAAUUUCAGGACCAAAACAACCAGGGGAUGACAUAGGCAUAUACUUAGCACCACUAAUUGAAGAUUUAAAACUUUUAUGGGAAAGUGGUGUUGAAUGUUAUGAUGCUUAUCGAGAAGAACCAUUCAACUUAAGGUCAGUUUUGUUGUGGACAAUCAAUGAUUUUCCUGCAUAUGGUAACCUUAGUGGAUGUUGUGUGAAAGGGUAUAAAGCAUGCCCAAUUUGUGGAGAUAAUACAAAUUCUAUAAGGUUAAAGUAUGGGAAGAAAAUGGCAUACCUUGGACAUCGUAGAUUUUUGGCACGAAAUCAUCCGUAUCGACGACAAAAGAAGUCAUUCAAUGGUAAAAAAGAACUUGAUACAAUUCCAGAGCCACUUUCUAGGGCGGAUGUGUAUUUAAAAUUGAAAGAUCUUGAAUUUUCUAGAGGGAAGAAGAACCAUAAGAAACGGUUGAUCAACAGAAGUACACUUCUUGAUAUUCCUGGGAAAAGUAAGGAUGGAUUGAAUGCUAGACGCGAUUUAGUUGAUCUAAAACUUCGACCAGAGCUUGCCCCUAUCAGCAGUGAAAAGAAAAUAUUCAUUCCGCCCGCGUGUUAUACUCUUACAAAGGAUGAAAAACGAUGUGUUUUGAAGACUUUGUCUGAAAUAAAGGUUCCUGAAGUACACAUAGUUAGAGAAGUCAAACUUUGUGGCCCUAUAUAUCUUCGAUGGAUGUAUCCCUUUGAAAGAUUCAUGAAGGUCAUUAAAAACUCUGUGAGGAAUAGAUAUCGUCCAGAAGGUUGUAUUGCUGAAAGUUAUUUAAUAGAAGAAGCUGUUGAAUUUUGUACUGAUUUCUUAUCUGGAGUAGAUCCCAUUGGACUUGGGACUCGCAAGUCACAAGACCAUUUAGAUACUUCAAACAUUGGUAGACCAUUGUCCAUGGGAGUUCCUUUCAAACCUCAACAAGAACUUCUACAUCAAGCUCAUCAAUAUGUUUUGGAAAAUACAGUCGAUGUCCAACCAUAUACAGAGUAUCAACUGAGCUUGAAGGUUGAAAUGCUGGAGUUUCAGAUAACUUACGAUGGAUUGCUCAUGACCCUCAUCCUUUUGUUAUUAGAUAUAGUGGUUAUGCAAUCAAUGGAUGUCGCUAUCACACACAAUCUUGUGAUAAAGAACGAAGUUGUUCUGAUUGAUGAACUUGGUUAUGUUUUAGUUGAUUUGAAUAGAGUAGGACACAAGUCAUACUCCUUCAUACUAGCAAGUCAAGCAAAACAAGUUUUUUAUGUUGAGGAUCCAAGCGAUGUUAGAUGGUCAGUUGUGCUUAUUCCACCACAAAGAGACUUUGAAGAUAGAUAUAACAACGAUGAACUUGGUGAUACAAUACUACAGUGUGAAGGAAUACCCAAUGGUAUGCCAGAUGUUGACUUAAAUAAUGACUUGGAUGACAACAUCUUAACAUACGUACGAGCAGAUUGUGAAGGCACAUGGAUACCUACAUAA